CAGAGACGUCGAAGGAGAGAGAGAAAGAGACAAGGGUAAGAGAAAUAGAGAGAGAAAGAUUUGUUUUUUUUUUUGUUGGGGUUUGGUUUCCUCUGGUAAAUGAUAAAGCUUUGAGACAAUGGUGUCGGACCAGGAUCUAGCGAAAGGAGUCGAGACUUUGCUCCGACAAUCCGACCCCACAUCUCUCACUUCCUUAACCAGUGUUGUUCAGCAGCUUGAAGCUAAGCUAGGGUUAGACCUCACGGACAAGACAAGUUUCAUCAGAGACCAAAUCAAUUUCCUCCUCCGUCCUCACCCACCACAACCACCCUCCUCCUCCGCCUCCUCUGCUUCCGCAUCAACCGUACAACAACCUCCGCCUCCGCCGCAGCAGCUGCAUUUCGGCGUCAAUGUUCCGGGGAAAGGGCAUUUCACUCAGUUCUCUGCUUCGCAUUCUCAACAAUACCCUCCUCCUCCUCAUCAUUUCGCUCUCCAGCCUCCUCCUCCUUACCACUCUUAUGACCUCAAUUUCCGGCAGCCUUAUCCGGCUUACAUGCCUCCGCCGCAGCAGCAGUACCACCACCAGCUACAAUCUCCGCGGCAAGGAUCCUCUGUUCUUGUUUCACAAGGCGUUAACGCUUCUCUCUCUGUUAAUCAAGCCCCAAAGGAAAGUGCUCCAGCUGGUACUAAAAGAAAGGGUGGUCCUGGAGGGUUAAACAAGGUCUGUAGGGUUUCUCCAGAACUUGAAGUUGUUGUUGGUGAACCUGCUCUUCCCAGAACUGAGAUUGUGAGGCAACUAUGGGCUUACAUAAGGAAGAACAACCUCCAAGACCCAAGUAACAAGAGGAAGAUCAUAUGUGAUGAUGCGUUGCGUGUGGUUUUCGAGACUGAUUGCACUGACAUGUUCAAGAUGAAUAAGUUGCUUGCUAAGCAUAUUCUCCCGCUUGAUCCAUCCAAGGACUCUGGUCAAGCUAAACGGGCAAAAGCUGAGGUGGAGACUAAGACUGAGACCACAGAGCCUGUUACUUCAUCUUCAGCUGUUACAUUAUCUGAGCCACUUGCAAAGUUCUUUGGCACAGGUGAGACGGAGAUGAAGGACGAAGAGAUUAUUCGCCGUGUUUGGGAGUACAUAAAACUCAAUAACCUAGAGGACCCUGCAAAUCCAAUGGCUAUUCAGUGUGAUGAGAAGCUCCGUGAUCUUCUUGGGUGUGAAAGCAUUUCAGCUGUGGGGAUUAAUGAGAUGCUAAGGCGCCAUAUGUACAAGCCUUCCUGAUAUCUUCUGGUUCUGACUUAAUUAACUAGGAACUACUAGUGUGUAUCUAGGGAACCUACUUAUGACUCGUUGGGGAUGUGUAGAAGGACUCUGAUAAGGAAGCAAAGACCAUUUUCACUUUUAACUUCCUGUAAUGCUAUUUUCAUCUUCCUUUUGGUUCUUUGUUUCUUAGUUGGUUGUGUAUCGACAUGGUUAGGGUACUUUAGUAUUUUACAGUAUUCAGGGAAUCUGUGUGAUUCCCGUGGUACUGAGAACUCUAGUGUAAUGGUCAAAAUGGCGCAGAUGUUUUGUAUUUAACGCCAUUAUCCCAUGAAUGUUUUAGGAUAAAAAAUACAACAGUGAAAUGAUAAUGUGUGUUUAACUAUGUACAUGGAUAAAAAAAAC